GUGGGUCGAGGCCGUGGCGUUAAUAAAGGACACAAAAUCUCUGGAAUUAUUGACUGCACAGACUCACCUCGCGACACAACGAAGCAGGCAGGAACGGUAACUCUGUUACCAAAUUAAAAAGAAAAACAACCUGAAAUGAAUGUGACGUAAUUACGUUAAAAAGCACUAGAGAAAGAGAAUGAUAAAGGCUAACCCACCCUGAAAUGUACUGAAACUGAUUAUUUAAUUAAAGCGGCACUAGGUUGAAGGUGUUUGAGAUCAUUGAACCAUGGUUUAUAAAACGCUGCCAGCCUCUGAAGUUCCUGUUCCAAUGAGAGAACCUUUUAUACUGACCGGAUAUCGUCUGCUACACCAACCAUGGACAUAUUACGUCAUCAGUUUACUUAAAUGGCAUAAUGAAACCCUGGCCGUCUGGUCCCAUCUGUUAUCCGCCAUCUUGAUAAUCCUACAAACUUUAUAUUACGGACAAACGUACGAUCUCUUAUCCAAUGAAGACGGGAAGAAAAUAUUGAUGUUUUCUAUUGGCUGUGUAUCCAUGACGUCACUUAGUGCGUUUGCGCAUUUAAUGCAUUCGAAGUCCGUUAAAUAUCAUUACGUAUUUUUCCUUUUCGACUACUCAGGCAUCGCUCUUUAUGCGUAUUCUACAGCAGUGGGUUCGCUCUAUAUUUGCUCAGAACCAUACAUUUUUUCGGUAUUAGAACAUUAUUACAUUCCUGUAACCGUUGUCCUAGGAACCGUAACUUUCCUGUUAACUGUAAUAGCUAAGUUAAAAGUUACCAAUCCGUUUUCGUGGCAACGUAAGUGUCUUAUGAUUGUUCCAUACGUAAUAUAUGCUGUUUGGGUGUCGACUCCAAUCAUUUUUAGAUACCGGAGGUGUUUCUAUGACAACGGAUGUAGUUUGACGUCACUGAAUCACAUCAGUUUGGUGUAUUGUCUGUUCAUACUGACUGCUGCAGUGUAUUCAACGCAUCUACCUGAAAAAUGGAGACCUGGUAACUAUGACAACAUAGGUCAGAGUCAUCAGACAUUUCACUAUUGUUCCCUAGCAACCAUUGUUAUGCAACUCGUUGCUAUACGAAUAGACAUAGAACAGGGACAAUCUCAGCAUUCUGUUUUUAAUUUUAGAAGUGGUUUAAUGGGUUUUAUUAUUUUUUUUAAUAUUAAUACGCUAAUCAUUAUAUAUUAUCUACCGCUCAUUGUGUCUAAUUCUCAAAAAUUUGAACAAUUCAUGCGCAAUAAUAUAAUGCGCAAUAAUCAGAUGCGCAAUAAUCAUUCGUACCAGAAAAAGAAAAGAUAAGACGUGGAAGCCUUGAAAUCUCUCAUUUAGAAGACAGGGGCUAGGCCAUACGAAACAUACGCUAUCUGUCUUCAAUUAGCUCCGCUCGAAGAGAGACACGAAGCUGGGUGACCGACAUUUUUAGUACUAAAUGGAUGAUUUUAUGUCGAAAACAUUACAUGUAACUAUACUUCGAGAAUUUUGAAAAGUAUUUAUACUUAUUUUAUUUAAUAAAACUGAAAAUCUUU